UCGAGUAGAAAUGUGUUACCAGAUUCAGUGAACCUGGACACAUAUGGUUUGAGCAGAAAAGAUUUUCCCCAAGGAUUUAUCUUUGGCACAGCUUCUUCAGCUUACCAGUAUGAAGGAGCGGCCAUGGAAGAUGGACGCGGACCAAGUAUAUGGGAUACAUUUUCCCAUCAACCUGGUAACAUACAGGACAGCAGCAGUGGGGAUGUUGCAAUUGAUGAAUAUCAUCGAUAUCAGGAAGACAUAGAUCUUAUGGUUGACUUGGGGGUGGAUGCUUACAGAUUUUCAAUCUCCUGGUCGCGUAUAUUACCCAAUGGCAGUGGAAGCAUCAACCAGGAGGGCUUAAACUAUUACAACAAACUAAUUGAUGCCCUUGUGCAGAAAGGGAUUCAGCCUUAUGUGACUUUGUAUCACUGGGACCUUCCUCAAGCUCUGCAGGACUCCUACAAAGGCUGGCUUAGCUCCAAAAUCAUUGAGGAUUAUGCAAACUAUGCAGAUAUAUGCUUUUCAACAUUUGGAGACAGGGUAAAGCACUGGCUUACAUUCAACGAGCCUCAUGGAUUUUCAAUCUCUGGAUACGACCUUGGAAUGGAGGCCCCUGGAAGAUGUUCAAUAUCUAUUCCCAUUGUCAAUCACGGUGUUUGCAAAUUUGGAAAUUCUUCCACUGAACCUUACAUUGUUGCUCAUAAUGUGUUGCUCUCACAUGCUGCUGCAGUUCAAACAUAUAGAACCAAAUAUACUAAGACUCAAGGGGGCUCGAUAGGAAUUGCUUUCGAUGUUUUCUGGUACGAGCCAUUGUCAAAUUCAAGUAGCGACAUUGAGGCAGCACAAAUAGCUCAAGAUUUCCAGCUUGGAUGGUUCAUGGAUCCAAUUUACUUUGGUGACUAUCCUGCUUCCAUGAGAGAGAGAGUAGGCCACAGAUUGCCUAUAUUCAACAAGACCCAAUCUGCUAUGGUAAAGGGUUCCUUGGACUUUGUAGGAGUAAACCAUUACAGUUCAUUUUAUGCAGCAAACAUCAGCUUGGUUCGACUAUUUCUUCCCAGUGGCACUACUGACACUUUUAUAGAUGCAGGGGUCAUUCCUUUCCCGUGGAAGGGAACCCAACCUAUUGGAGAGCCGGGUCCAACAAUCUGGCAAUAUGUUGUUCCGUGGGGAAUAAGGAAACUGAUGAACUAUAUAAAGCAACGCUACAGCGAUCCACUUAUUAUAAUCACAGAGAAUGGGACGGCUGAACAGGACGAUCCCCUGUCGCCAAUGUCUGCUAAAUUGGACGAUGAGAAGAGAAUAGAGUACCAUCGGGACUAUAUGUCAAACCUCUCUGCCGCCAUAACUGAAGAUGGUUGCAAUGUGCAGGGAUACUUCGUAUGGUCUCUGAUAGAUAAUUGGGAAUGGAUUUCUGGUUUCACAAUGAGAUUUGGGGUCUACUUUGUGGAUUACAAUGAUAAUCUCACGAGAUAUCCCAAGGCCUCUGUAAACUGGUUCAAGCAAUUACUUCAACGUUGA